AUGCAAUAUUGGAGAACGAAAAGUCGUCCGAGAAGAAGAAAACCAUUUUGUAUACACACAAAACUACUAAUCAUCAAUACUUCUGAGAGUGAAUUUAGUCAAGCCAUUCGCAAUCGUCUUCGUGUAGCUCAUGGUCUGCAAGUGAAACAAGUCAAAUGCAGUUUUGAUCUUGAUGUUGGUAUUGUCCAACUGAACAAUGAUGAGGAUAAGGAAACCUUAUUAAACGAUAUCCGUAGUAUCGUGCUACUGAAUAAUCAAGGUACAAUCACAUUUGUCGAGACUAUUCAGCUGACAUCGUACGUUGUAGUCGAUAUUGAGAAUAUUCGAAACCUGCCGUCUGCAGAAGAACUUUCACAUCGUUGGUGUCAAGUAUUCGGAGGAGGAGGAACGUCCACAUUUCAACCAUUAUCCGUUUAUUUUCCAAAUAUCAUUAAAGUCACAUCCUAUUCGACUGAAGAAUUGCAAGCAGCAAUUAACAAUUCGGUUUUCACUAUUAGCAAUGGACAAAUCGCACAUGUUUAUGUCAAUCGAGAUUGUAGUUACCUGGAAGACAUACACAAUUCUAGUGAGAAUAUAGAUACCGAUCUUUUAUUCUGUUAUAUCAUUACGCAACUCGAUAUGACAGAACAAGAACGAAUGAACAAGGAUAUGUGUCAAGAAAAAGCAGAACAGUUAUACAAAACAAUUAAAGAAAAGACUUUAUCAAGUUCUAUGAAACAACUCAAAUCGUCGUUGUUCAUUCAAUUGAGUAAAGAAUCAGGAACAGCAGUGAUUUUAGCAUCUAAAAAUCGAAGUAACUUGGCACGUACUCAAAAAUUUAUGUCGAUGACUUUGGUCAAUGUUUUUGGCCACUACAUACCUAAAGGUGAGAAACUAGCAUGUCGGUUAGUGGUAAAAAAUAUUCCAAUGAAUGUAUCAAUUGACAUGAUUAAAAUUCAUCCAAUAUUUAAAAAUAACAUACGAAGGAUUAAUUUAAUUUCUGCUGAACAGUCAGCAGCUGUUAUUUACUUGGGCGACGAAGCCGUGUUGGAUAAGUGUUUAAAAGUCGGUGCAAUAGAAAUCGAUCAUUCACCAUUGCAUCUAGUACCGUAUUCUGCUGCAAUGACUGAUGACCCGUCCAGACGUACUAUCAAUGUACAAAAUUGGUAUGGUAGAAAAAUGCUUGAAUGUAAACCGGAUAUUGCUGCUUUUGCGCAUGAUCAUGUAAUAUUCAAAUACAAAUGGGAUCCAGAUAUCUGGUUAGAGCAGUUUAAAGCUGUAUCAAACAAAGAUACUAACAAACAGCACGAUACUAUUCGACGAAUGCUACGAGUUACUGUCAUGUUAAAUACACUCGCUACUAUUCGAAAAGGUAAAUAUUCGUUAAAAGAUGGUAAAACCGAGGUAAUACUACAACAACAGCAAAUGAAAACCAUCGUAUACAAUCACAAAUCAAAACUGUUAAAGCUAUCUUCACAAUCGACUAUUAAAAUACCAUUUCAAUCUACACGAGUUCGUAUAAUUAAUGAAGAUUGUGUAGUGUCCUAUGCAAAUUUAGCAGCGCAAGGUUUCAAUCCAUUGCUUUUAAAUAUGGCAAAUGCUACUUCGCCAGGUGGCGGUUAUCCAAGAGGUGAUGGCGCACAAGAAGAAAAUCUGUUUCGUCGAUCAGACUAUUGUAUCAGUUUAGAGUAUUUUCUCGACCACGAUCAUCCGCACGUUCAACAUCAACGAUUGAUAAGUAAUACAGAAGCGAAAAAAUAG